GGUAGUUGUGACGGAGAGAUAGCUCAGCUUCCGGCGUCGGACUACUCGGUGGCGUAUCUCGAGAGGACUGCCAGUCAGUCACCCAUCCCCCCCCCAAACAGCGAGGAUGGCCGCGCAGCAACCCUCGAGGAGGGCCCGUGAGGGCUCCCGAUCAGAGCUGCCUAUAGGUCGAUACACAAGGCUGGAUGAGAUUGGGAGAGGAAGCUUUGCUACCGUCUAUCAGGGCGUACAUUCGAAACAUCGGUCCUACGUAGCCAUCAAGUCGGUCAACCUGGGAAAGCUCAACAAGAAACUCAAAGAUAACCUCUCGUCGGAGAUCGACAUCCUCAAGGGCCUUCACCAUCCCCAUAUUGUCGCUCUUAUCGACUGCCAUGAAUCCUCAUCUCAUAUCCACCUGGUCAUGGAGUAUUGUGCCCUGGGGGAUCUGUCACUCUUCAUCAAGCGGCGGGAUACGCUGGGAGACCACCGGUUUACGCGGGAUAUGAUCGCCAAGUACCCGAACCCACGCGUCGGUGCGCUCAAUGAGGUCGUGGUCCGGCAUUUCCUCAAGCAGCUCGCGAGUGCACUCAAGUUCUUGCGAGACCGCAAUCUGAUCCAUCGCGACAUCAAACCCCAAAACCUCCUAUUGUGUCCCUCUCCCACGUCAUACAAGCACGGUGUGCCCCAGGUCGUCCCUUACAAGGGAAGUGAGAACUCUUUCACACCCGCCACUGGGCUAGAGUCCUUACCCAUGCUGAAGAUCGCUGAUUUUGGCUUCGCUCGAUCUCUUCCGUCCACCUCUCUGGCGGAGACGCUGUGCGGCUCUCCACUCUACAUGGCCCCUGAGAUCCUUCGAUACGAGAAAUACGAUGCGAAGGCAGACCUUUGGUCAGUCGGAACGGUGCUCUACGAGAUGGUGGUGGGCAAGCCCCCGUUCAGGGCCAGCAACCACGUCGAAUUGCUGAGAAAGAUCGAGCGAGGCGAGGAUCGAAUCCGAUUCCCAGAAGACAACGAAGCGUCAGCCGAGAUCAAGCAGCUGAUCCGUGCUCUUUUGAAGCGCAACCCGGUGGAGAGAAUGACGUUCAAGGAUUUCUUCGAUAACGUGGUCAUUCAAAGUGAGAUCCCUGGGCUGGUCGGUGACGAUCGACCUCCUGUCAGUCGCCGUCCGUCCGCUGAUGUUGGCACCGUCGAUCAGCAGCGUCGAGUCAGCUCUCGCGGAGAGCUCGCAGCGCAAUUGGACACAAUAUCCGCCGCAGAGGCUCGGGAGCGCUCGUCUGCGCGAGGCCGCGAAUCACCUAUUCCUAGCAAUCUCCAGCGACCGAUGACGCCCCGGAUGAAGUCAGAUACACCGCCUAGGCCCAGUCCCAUGAGACGGGUAGCCAGCGGAGACCGGCCCCUGUCGUCAGGUAAGGAUCUCCAGCGAGCGGCCGUCACUGCUCAACGGCCGGCCGCUAUCACCCACGCGACGGCUCCUGGACGUCAGGAGCUCAUGGAUCGCAGUGGCGUGGCCGCCGGCCUAGAACGCCCCAGUCGAGCCACUUAUCCACCGGCCAUGGAGGAUGUCCAGACACGGGAAGACAGAGUGCUGGAUGAGAGGGAGCGAGCUGCUCAAGAGGUCGCCUUUGAGAGAGACUACGUCGUGGUUGAGAAGCGUGCGGUGGAAGUGAAUGCAUUUGCAGAUGAGCUCGCCAACAGCCCUCGUAUCAACCAGACUUCCCGCCAAGGAACCGCUUUAACCCGACGAGCCACAGUCCAAGGCCCUUCAAGUCCGAGCUCACAAGCAGCGCAGGCGAGAGCCAUGCAGGUGGCUACCGGGCGAGCCCGGGCUGAUUCCACGCAUCAUCGCCAGAGUUCCUAUGAGCGGAGGUAUGGCCAGAGCCCGACGUCAGCGACAUCUGCUAUCUCCAAAGCGCUCAAUAUGGCAAGCGGACGGUUGUUUGGCGUGGGAUUUUCUCCCCCCUUGACCAUUGGCAAGGGCGGUCGCUCCCCUCCGCUGGCGUAUAACCCGUUCCCUGCCUACCCCGCGGUCCAAGGCAGUCUCAUGGCCGUUGGAGAUAGUCCCAAGGCCAAUGCGGCUGUCGAUGAAGACACAAGAACCGUGCAGGUGAUCGAGGAGUGUGCGACUCGAAGUGAUGUGGUCUACGGGUUCGCGGAAGUCAAGUAUAAGCAACUCAUUCCGCUAGCGCCCUCCGUCCACACUGAUACAACAAUCAAGCACAAUUUCCAAGGCGGCGAUGGUGACCCUUCGGAUUCGGCCGACGGUGGCCUCACUGUCGAUGCAAUUGUGACUCUAUCAGAAGAAGCGUUGGUGCUUUAUGUCAAGGCGCUGGCCCUGCUAGCCAAGUCAAUGGAUAUCGCCGGUGGCUGGUGGGCUCGCAAGAACCGCGGGGAAGUUUUUGGAGAAUCGCCCCCUAGAUCGGAGGGAAUGUCUGCGACGAGUGCUGUGGUUGGGACGCGCAUCAACAACGUGGUUCAAUGGGUCCGUAAUCGGUUCAACGAGGUGUUGGAGAAGGCGGAAUUUGUCCGGUUGAAGUUGAUUGAUGGCCAAAGACGACUUCCCCCUGAUCACCCUAGCCAUCCGAGCAACCACUCGAUUGGUUCUGCUUUGGGUACCUCGGUUGAUAAUGUCGUCGUGGGCUCUGGAAUAACAGCUGAGAAGCUCAUGUACGACCGGGCGCUGGAGAUGAGCAGGGCUGCUGCGAUCAACGAACUCACUGGUGAAGACUUGCCUGGAUGUGAGAUUGCCUACGUUACCGCCAUCAGAAUGCUUGAGGCUGUGCUCGAGGAUGACGAACUGCCCCGAUCAAGGAAAGGCAGUGAUGCGGAGAAAGCCAGCCCAUCCGACGGUGACCGACUCAUGCUCGAUGGUGUGCAGGUGGAGGAUCGAAAAGUUGUGAUGAAACUCGUCUCCAGCAUCCGCAGCCGCCUUGCCUCUCUCCGCAAAAAGAUGGCUCUGAUGGCCAAGCGGGCAUCUGCAUCUCCAGCUGGUGCUGCAGCAAAGGUUCCCACGUCAAAUCUGCGUCCUGUAUCACCCGCCAUGGCAGUUACUCCGCCCAAAUGAGUUCAUGCAAGAUGACCAUUUCCCUAUGGAAUCCAGCUCUACUUUCCAAAAUCCACAUCCGCGUUUUUAUAUGGACCUUGGAACUUGUCACCUGCGCGAUACCAUGCCAGCGUGUCUUGAGGUUUCACGCGGCAUGUUUUCAUCCGUGCCUUGAAAAGGCUGUCCUUUUCAAUGGCCACUCAUCUUCUCGUCUCCCGAUGUCGCUUUGUUGACUUCACAAUUCUCUUCCAACCGCGUCUUAAUGACUUACUUUUUAACAUUUCUACUAU